UUUCUUGUUUCCUCAUUCAACGACUGUAGAUAAGAGUAUUUCCGACUUAGCUUUUUCCGAGAGGGAGGGUUAGGGAUUGCAAAUGGAAUCGGUAUCGGUGAAAAACGAAAACGACGCCAACAAUAACAACCAGGCAUCCUCCGACGAAGAUAGAGAACGCCUAGUCCUCGAUCUCAAGGCCGGUCUGCAUCCCCUCAGAAACAAAUUUGUAUUUUGGUACACUCGUCGAACUCCUGGAGUCAGAACUCAAACAUCAUACGAGGAUAAUAUUAAGAAGAUAGCGGAUUUCAGUACGGUUGAAGCCUUUUGGGUAUGCUACUGUCACCUAUCCCGCCCUUCAACUUUGCCAAGCCCAACGGAUUUGCAUCUAUUCAAGGACGGUAUCCGUCCGCUAUGGGAGGAUUUUGCUAACCGCAAUGGUGGGAAAUGGAUUAUCCGACUUAAAAAGGCUGUGUCAGGCCGUUUCUGGGAGGACCUGGUUCUAGCGUUGGUAGGAGAUCAACUUGAUUAUGGCGAUAAUAUUUGUGGUGCAGUACUGAGUAUCCGUUUUAAUGAGGAUAUAUUGAGCGUUUGGAACCGCAAUGCAUCUGACCAUCAGGCUGUGAUGGCUCUGAGGGACUCGAUCAAGCGGCAUCUAAAGCUUCCCCACAGCUACGUGAUGGAAUACAAGCCCCACGAUGCUUCACUACGUGACAACUCCUCAUAUCGGAACACAAGGUUGAGAGGAUAGGAAUUGCCCCACUCAUACUGGAAGAAUGCUUCUGCUUGAGAAUCUGGCUCUCCUAAAAACUAAGAGAGAGGUGAUAGGGUUUCAAUGUUGAUGUUCAACUAAUCCACAUGAUUUGGAUUUUCAUGUAUAAGUCAAAUACUUAUUUUGUUUUUAACAUACACUUCCUUAACGUCCCAUUGAGAGAACGUUCCCAACAACCUA